AUGCUGGAUUUAUCCGGCAAUAGCAUUGUCAGUCUAAACAGUCUUCACAACAGCAUCGAAUACCUGUUCGAGCAUGUCUUUGGCAACAAGACGCUGCCACGUUUUCACAAGCUAAACUUAAACGCCAACAAUCUGAAGCAUUUACACAUCAUGGCCUUCUCUUCGCUGCCCUUCUUGGAGUAUCUCUCAAUGGGCAACAAUGAAUUGCGUCACCUGGACGAGCGCAUCUUUGCUCCCUUGCGACAACUGCAGAAGCUGCAUUUGGGACACAAUCAAUUCACAGAGUUAAGCAGCGAUAUUCUGGAGAGUCUAAACAACAUCACAGAUCUUCUCAUUGCUAACAAUCAGUUGACUUUUCUGCCCGAAUUGAAUGGAAUGCUGCCCCAUUUGCAACGUGUGGCCAUUGAGGGAAAUCCCUGGCAAUGUGCCUGCUUUGCUGAACUUGAGCAUUGGCUGCACUCCAGACAGGUGAAGUAUCUGCGUGAUAACACCGGGUUCUAUAACGGGGGAGAAGCCACUUUGCGUGGUCACAGCAGUUCCAACUUUACUCUUCCCCAUUUGGUGGGUAUCGAUCUGCAUGUGCCACGCUUAGAGCUCCGCAAUGGCGCCUUUGCCAAUCUCCCUGGUCUGUGGUGGAUCCAUAUGAAUGACUGUGGCUUAGAGCAACUGGAGAAGUCAUAUUUUCCCAUUCAUCCGGAGGAGUUCCACGCGAUCGAAGUCAGCCACAAUAAGCUCAAAUUUAUCUCAAAAGAUUUUUUUGAGAAUCUUUUCAAAUUGGCUAUUGUUUAUUUGGAUCAUAAUUCUCUGACUCAUCUGGAGUUGCCGCACAUGAAAAGUCUGAGAGAACUUUACCUUGGACAUAAUAAAUUGGCCGAUUUCACCUUUAGUGAUUGUCGACGCUUGGAACUACUCUACCUCAACGACAAUCAACUCACUCACCUGGAUUCCACUUCUUUCCAACAAUUACCCGAAUUAUUGGAGCUGCAGCUGAGUGGAAAUUUGAUUACUGAGAUUGGCGCGGAUACUUUCCAGUCACUGAUAAAACUGCGCACUCUAAAUCUCUCGAGGAAUGCAUUGACUUCACUUCCGGCAGAUGUUUUUGGCUCAUCUGAACAGCAAUUCGCACUGCAACAAUUGGAUCUCUCUCAGAACAACAUUAAUGUGCUCUUCGAAAACCAAUUCGAAUUGUUGGGUGGACUCCAGUUGCUGGAUUUAUCCGGCAAUAAAAUCGCCACUCUGAAGAGUGCUUACUUUUCAGGUCUGCAUCUGCAGAAGCUGAAUGUGGGUCACAAUUUGGCGGAGAUAAGUAGCGAUGUUCUGGAGAUGAACAGUUCACUGAAUAUGCCGCGAUUGUCGUUCCUCUAUCUGUCGCAUGUGCCACGCCUUGAACUUCUCAGUGAAGGCUUCUCCAAUCUUCCCUAUCUAAUGCAUCUCAACAUCUCCGGCUGUGGGGUGGAACAACUGCUGGCCUCGCACUUUCCUACCGUUUGCCCGAUAAUAGAGUUCGACACCAGCGACAAUAAGCUAAGUGUUCUCACAAAGGAUUUGCUUAGCAAAUUUUCUAAAUUGAUUUUUGCUGUUUUCGCAAAUAAUUCAUUGACUCAUGUAGAAGUGCCAUACAUGCGAUCUUUAGGUAUCUUAGACCUUAGUCAUAAUAACUUGACAACCUUCAACAUCACCUUGGGCAAUUGUCCAUACUUGAGAAAGCUGUACCUCAACAACAAUAAGCUCACUCAGAUUACACUCCCUGCUGAAGUAGUUGACUCAUCAGUAGAGAAGGUUCUUAGACUGAAAAAAUUGGAUCUCUCAAAUAACUGCAUAAGUGAGCUUAUCGAAAACCAAUUCGAAUUGCUUGGUGAACUUGAAAUACUGGAGUUAUCUGGCAAUAGAAUCACCACUCUGAAGAGUGCUCACUUCGCUGGUCUGACAUCCUUACGCCAUUUGCAUUUGGCGUCAAACUACAACAUGGAGCUAAUAGGACACACUUUUGAGGCCCUCGAGCAACUGGAGACACUCGACUUGUCCUACAUUUUUCUCGAAAAUCUGAGUCCGCAUCUCUUCGGAUUCAAACAGGUGAACAAGAAAGGUCGCUAUAAAUAUUUGCCAAUGGUUCACAUGCGUAAGCUUUCUCUAACGGGCAAUAUGCUCCAACAUCUGCACCCUAGAACCUUUAAAAAAUUGCCCUUUUUGGAUACACUCUUGCUCGCCGAUAAUGCAUUGCGUGUGCUUCCCGCGGGCCUUUUUGUUCCAAUCCGAAAUCUGAGGAUGCUUGAUGUGGGUCACAAUCAAUUGAUUAAGAUAAGCAGAGAUCUUCUGGAGGCUCUAAGCAAAAUCACGGUUCUACAAAUUGACUAUAAUCAGCUGUCUUAUCUACCCGACUUGAAUGGGACUCUGCCCAAUUUGAUGAACUAUCGCAAAGAAAUGUCGGUUUUAAAUUUGUCAAUUCUCUGGCUUAUCUGCUGUGUUGCCACUGCUGCAACACAAACUUGUGAGAUAGAAAAUAUAGAUCCCUAUAUUAACUUAAAAUGUCAGGAAUUGAGCAGUCUCGAGGACAUAGUUGAUUUCCCCACAACAAAUCUUCGCAAGUUGGAAAUCACAAACACGCAAACAAAGCUAACCAUUGGAGCAGCGAACAGUUCACUGAACAUGCCGCAAUUGUCGACCCUUGAUCUGUCGCAUGUGCCACGCCUUGAACUUCUCAGUGAAGGUUUCUCCAAUCUUCCCAAACUGUUUGAGAUCAACAUCUCUGGUUGUGGAGUAGAACAACUGUUGGCCUCGCACUUUCCCACCGAAUGCUGGGUUUGGGAGUUCCACGCCAGUGACAAUAAGCUUAGUGUUCUCACAAAAGAUUUCCUCACCAAAAUUCCCAAUUUGUUUUAUGCUUUUUUCGCAAACAAUUCUCUGAGUCAUGUAGAGUUGCCAUACAUGGAAUAUCUAACUAUCUUAGACCUUAGUCAUAAUAACUUGGCAACCUUCAACAUCACCUUUGGCAAUUGUCAGAGGUUGAUAAACCUCUACCUCAACAACAAUAAGCUCACUCAGUUUCACAUCACACAACCUGUAAAAGUUGUUGCCUCAUCAGCAGAGAAGGCACUUAACCUGGAAGAAUUGGAUCUCUCAAACAACAGUAUAAGUGAGCUUAUCGAAAACCAAUUCGAAUUGCUGCGUAACCUUUUAGAUCUGAAAUUAUCUGGCAAUAAAAUUUCCGUUUUGAAGAGUGCUCACUUUGCAGGUUUGACAUCGUUGCGUUAUUUGCAUUUGCAGUCAAACGGUAAAUUGGAGCUCACAGAACACAUCUUUGAAGCACUCAAGAAACUCGAGACGCUUGACUUGUCAUACAAUGGUCUCGAAAAUCUGGAUCCUCAUCUUUUCGGCUAUAAACAGAAGGACUCGCAAGGACUUUAUGAGUACUUGCCAAUGGCUCACAUGCGAUGGCUUAAUCUAAACGGCAAUAAACUCCAGCAGCUGGACUCUAGAACCUUUGAGAAAUUGCCAUUUUUGGAAGAGCUGUGUCUGAGCAACAAUGCAUUGCGUGUGCUCCCCGAGGGCCUUUUUGUUCCUACAAAAAAACUGAAGGUACUGGACAUGCGUCACAAUCAAUUGACAGAGAUUAGCAGCGAUAUUCUGAAGAGUCUAAACAACGCCAAGGAUCUGCUUAUCAACUAUAAUCAGCUGACAACUCUGGCCGACUUGAAUGAGACGCUGCCUCAUUUGCAACGUGUGGGCAUUGACGGGAAUCCGUGGCAAAGUGCCUCUUUUGCCCAAUCGGAGCAAUGGCUGAUCGCAAGAAAGAUACAGUAUCUGACAGAUGACUACGUCUUUUUCAGCAGCGAUUAGACACUAGCCCUCUAACUUUGAGAAUUUUAUGCGGAACGAGCUUGACGAUCGACAUGAAGGUUUUAUAGAUGAGUUUAAAUAGCAUCAAGCAGUCGGUGGAGCAAUUUGUCGCAACAGACUGAUGAUGCUGAUAAUGAUGAAAUUAAUAAUGGAACUAAGCUAUUCACUCUAAAUUUUUCUCUUUCAAGACUUUCUUUCAAAAAUUUAUUCGAUAACAAAAAUGUACACUUGCCAGUUAAAUAAAGUUCCUAAGUAAUAAUUUCUUU